GUAGGUACCAAAUCCUAUUAGUAUUCUUACAAAUGAUAAAACAGACUUAAAUAUGAAAACUAAGUCAUUUUAUUUCGUAUGCAUAAAAUAGGUUUAUUAUUAAUACGAUAGUGUUGGUGAUGAAAAGAUGCAGAUUCUUGAUAAAAAUAUUUAAUUUGGAAAGUUACAUGCUUAACAUAUUAUAUCGGAUUAUUUUUGAGGGAUGCGCGCCCGCGAUCGUGAUAGUGGUUGUAUAGGAUCUGGCGCGGGCACGGCCCUGCCCCUGUUUUGCUCUCUGUCGCCUCACGCGGUAGGACAGGUCCUGGACAGGCAAUAUUUGAUACUCAUUGGAGCCACAAAUAAUAAAUACAGAAACAUACUAAAUCGAACUCUAUUCCUUAGCUAAAAAUAGGAUUUUAAUCAUCAAUUCAUAUUUCUAACUAACCGACAUUUUAUGGCAAUGACACAAUUUCACGCUAAACGAAAAACAAAAUGCCGAUCGUCAAACUUGGCGUAAACAAUUCAUUAUUUUACUCAUAAGAGUUAUUUUUGUUUCAUUCAUAAUCGUGUCGAAGAUUUUCUCGGUGAUUUCCGGGCGUAGUAGUUGUGUACACUGUACUUUCUAAGUCCAUUGGUGGACCUUAUGGCUUUGCAAUAAGGUGUAGGUUCAACUGAGCGUGCGAGUUGGAGACAAGUCCGACUACAUUAUUGAUACUAUUACUCGCAAACGCAUCUCGCGCGCACUAACAUACAAGGGAUCGAAGGAGAUGCUCUCCGGGCAAAGUCAAACCAAGAAUAAUUUAUGUUUGCCAUCCCGGUCAAAUUCUUGGAAAAACCAGAGUAAUGUAACCUCAAGAUCGAUAACAACUGACGCUUAAUCGGGUAGCUCUCUUAUACUGGUUCAUUCGAGUGAUCACGAUAAAUAUUCCUGAAACUUACGCUGACGUAGACGGUGCGUAGGCGCACGCGCAGUGUUCUUCCACUUGCUCAGUCGCCUUUAGGCAUUGGAUGUGUCAAAUUGUUCUUAUACAAAUAGGAUUUUUAAAAAGCAUUUGAGAUAUCGAGUUCGAUACAUAUAUCGUUAAGGCGGUGACCAAAACUAUGCCCCGGCGCGUAGCGGCUUCACAAGCAUCCAACCUUCCCACUUCCUAUUAACGUUAAAACUACGUCAAUGUGUGUAUAAAUACGUAAAUGUUUUGAUAUGAAUAUUACCGUAAAUCUAGUGUUAACAGUGCAAUAGUGUAAAGUGCCAGUGUCUAGUGAACUUAAGUUUAAAAAAGCAUCAUGUCGUCUCGGACGGGACAGCGAGGCACGUCGGUAGCUAACAGCCAGCGUCGGCAGCCUCGCUCGAGGUCGUCGACGAGGGCUGGCGAGAAGAAGUCGAAGGGAGGCGAGAGGACUGGGGCGACCAGUCUGGUCUCCAUCCCUAACACCAUCAAGCUUAGCAUGCUGAACAGCGGGCUCAUUUCAUUUGAACGGGUGAAGUUUAAACCAGAGACUGACGAGAACGGCUCCAUAACGGAAACGAUUCCGGACCGGCCCGUGGAGCUGAAGAACUUCCCCAAGCUGUGCGAGCAGCGCCGCAAGUUCCCCGUCCUCUACAAGCUCGAGUUCCAGACAGCGGUCAAAGUGGAGACGCAUUCGUGUCGGCACGCCACCAAGAAGACUAAUCUACACAAAAACCAGAACCAAAAAGUUAUACCUUAUGACUACAACCGAGUGGUGCUAAACACAGUAGACCGGGAACCAGACUCAGAUUAUAUUAAUGCUUCCUAUAUAGAUAGUAUAUUAAAACCUAAUGCGUACAUAGUGACGCAAGGGCCCACAGAAGACACGGUGCUGGACUUCUGGAGGAUGAUAUGGCAGGAACGGGCGGCUGCCAUCGUCAUGCUCACCAAGACAUUCGACUUUAUCAAGGUGAUGUGCGUCCAAUACUGGCCUCCGAGCAAAGACAAGGAAGAGACGUACGGGGACCUGCAUGUAUGCAUCGAACGGGAGGAGGAACUGGCCAAUUUCCACAUACGCACGUUUAGGCUUUAUAAGAAAAACGAACAAGGUGUGGUGAUCGAAGAGCGAUUCAUCCUCCAAUUCCACUACACACAAUGGCACUCUCACACAUGUCCAUUCAGCAAUGCGCUGCUUGAGUUCCGGCGGCGCGUCCGGGCCGUGGUGGGCCGCCGUCUGGCCGCCAACCCCGCCGCGGGACCCAUGGUCGUGCACUGCAACGACGGAGGCGGCCGUUCAGGAGUAUAUUUAUCUAUAGACGCCAACCUGGAGUUGGCUGAAGAAGAAGACUGUUUUGAUGUUUUCGGCUUUUUGAAGAAGCUUAGACAAUCACGGAAAGGCCUUAUAGAAAACGAGGAACAAUACAAAUUCGUGUAUGACACGUUAGAAGAGCACGUCGUCUGCGGCAUUUCCUGGUUCCCAGUGACGCACCUCACCAUAAGACUGCAAUCCAAAUCACAGCGCGACCCGGUGACCAAGCUGAAUGACUAUCAGCGCGAGUACCAACAAAUCUGCAAACAGACGCCGAGGUUUACCAUCGGAGACUGCGCCGGUGGCCACCGAGGAGAUAACAGGGAAAAGAACAGAGACGUCCUGGUCGUUCCUCCUGACAACUUUCGGCCAUACCUGACGUCCUUUCAGGGCAACAACUUCACCGACUACAUCAACGCCGUGUUUGUAGACGGGUACACCAAGCCGCGGGAGUACAUCGUCACUGAGUGGCCGCUGAUCAAAACGCAGGGCGAGUUCUGGUCGCUGGUGUACGACUACGAGUGUGCUGCGGUUGUGGUGCUGUGCGUCCCGCCUAAGAACUCUCAACAAUAUCCUCCGUUUUGGCCAGAAAGCCGAAGUCCGAAGAAAUACGGCCCAGUCUUCACAAUCGACCACGUAUCACACGAACACUUUACCAACAUCAAGACCUGGAUAUUUCGCAUCAAUAAGAAGAUCGUAUCCCUAACGGAACUGAUGGCGGGCGUGAAAGCGCCACCGAAGACGGUCCAACUGUUCCAGCUGACCUGCUGGCCGAUGGGCCACAAGGUGCCCACGUCCACCAACUCACUGGUAGAGCUCAUGAACAUGGUGGAGCGGUGGCGGCAGCGCACCGACUAUGGGCCCGUCUGCGUCGUGUCGCCAGACGGGCGGAGCCGGGCGGGGGUGUACUGUGCGGCUAACGCUUGCAUCGAGCAAGUCAUCCAGCACGGCGAGGUCGAUGUGUUCCAAGCCGUGAAGACCGUCCGUCGCCACCGUCCGCAGCUCGUUGAGAACAUGACUGAAUAUAAAUACUGCUACGACCUGGUACUCCACUACGUGCUGCAUUACUUAAAUGAAGAUAUGAAUGAAAAGAAGUGAGAGUGCGAACUUAAGGGCGAGCCCUGGUUCAUCGAGUUUGGACGUGGCGCGGCGCUA